AUGUCAGAGGACUACAGGCGCAAUAACCAAUCAACCUUUGCGGUGGAGCAGAUGGUCCUCAUAGAUAUUCGAAAGUUGUUAGAAUCAAUGCAGAAGGACAUAAAGAUGUACCCACUUCCUGAUAUCGAUGACACAUAUGAUCCAUCCGGUGAUAUUCCCAGGGAGAUUUUUGAGGAGGCUAGCGUUGAGGCAAGCAUUGAUGACAUGGCACUAUCAAAGACCCUUAACAAGGAGCAGCGGGCUGCCUACAAUGAGAUUAUGUCUGCUAUUGAUACCGAUCAUGGGGGUUUGUUCUUUGUGGAUGGACCUGGCGGCACAGGAAAGACUUAUCUAUAUAGGGCCCUACUCGCUACUAUACGUAGUCAGAACAAGAUUGCUGUGGCAACAGCAACAUCUGGUGUUGCUGCGUCAAUAAUGCCUGGUGGUAGAACCGCCCACUCACGCUUCAAGAUUCCCCUCACCCUCGAUAAUGGAGCCUUUUGUACCUUCACAAAACAGAGUGGUACUGCCAAGCUGCUUCAGACCGCAUCCCUUAUUAUUUGGGACGAGGUGACAAUGAUGAAGAGACAAGGUGUUGAGGCGCUAGACAACAGCCUCCGUGAUAUCAUGGACCGUCCUAACCUCCCGUUUGGGGGGAAGACUAUGGUGUUUGGUGGAGAUUUUAGGCAGGUUCUCCCAGUUGUUCGAAGAGGGUCUAGGGCACAAAUAGUUGGUGCCUCACUGCGGAUGUCGUACCUUUGGAAUUCCAUGCGACAUCUCAAAUUGGUGCGCAACAUGAGGGCAAAGAACGAUCCAUGGUUUGCAGAAUACUUGCUACGUAUUGGGGGAGGCUCUGAGGAGGCUAAUUGUAAUGGUGAAAUCCACCUUCCUGAUGAUAUAUGCAUACCACAGAAUGGAAAAGACGGUGAUCUUGAUAUGUUAAUUGACUGCAUAUUUCCUGCCCUCAAUGCCAAUAUGUCAGACAAGAGCUACAUCACCUCACGAGCAAUAUUAUCUGCGCGGAACGACUCUGUUGAUAUGAUUAACAUGAAGAUGAUAAGUCGUUUCCAAGGGGAUGAGAUGGUGUACCAUAGCUUUGAUAGUGUCGUGGAUGAUCCACACAACCACUACCCAUCUGAGUUCCUCAACACUUUGACCCCCAAUGGUCUUCCUCCACAUGUGUUAAAGCUUAAGAUUGGGUGUCCGAUCAUAUUGCUAAGGAACAUCGACCCUGCAGGUGGACUUUGCAAUGGAACCAGACUGGUGGUUCGAGGGUUCCAAAGAAAUAUUAUCGAUGCAGAAAUUAUGGUUGGAGACCAUGCCGGAAAGCGAAUCUUCCUACCACGGAUUCCGUUAUGUCCCUCGGAUGAUGAGAUGUUUCCGUUCCAGUUCAAGAGGAAGCAGUUUCCUAUUAGACUCAGUUUUGCCAUGACGAUUAACAAAGCACAGGGGCAGACUCUUCCCAAUGUUGGUGUGUAUUUGCCUGAACCAGUGUUCUCUCAUGGCCAGCUGUAUGUUGCGCUAUCUAGAGCCACUGCCAGAUUGAAUAUCAGGAUCCUUGCUGUCCUGCCCAGUGAUACGAAUGAUAAGAAAAAUAAUACAAAAAUAAAUGGUACAUACACAAAAAAUAUUGUCUACAAAGAGGUCCUCACUCUAUGA